GGAUCCUGACUGAGUCUAUGUGUGUGUGUGCGCGACUGUGUGUGUGUGUGUGUGCGCGCCAGAGCUAUUGAACAGUUUACUAAAGCCGAGACGAGGCGGACACACCUCAACCCCAAAGAAGUGAUCCGGAGAGGCACUGAUGUGACCUGAACCACUUUGUCAUUUUAAAUAUUAAACAACUUGAGUUGGAGAAGUCGCGUCGGGGUCGACUUUGAGAUCCGUGUGACCCUGGUCUGUCGCUGUCACCAGGGAGGAGUGUCAUGGCGGAACCCGACUAUCUGGAGGGAGACUGUGAUGAGCUCAUCAAACCCAAGAAGCUGAUCAACCCAGUCAAGACCUCCCGUAACCAUCAAGACCUGCACCGAGAGCUGCUCAUGAACCAGAAGAGGGGUCUGGCUCCUCAGAACAAACCUGAGCUCCAAAAGGUUCUGGAGAAGAGAAAGAGGGAGCAAGUUCUCAAGGCCCAGAAAGAGGAACAGGAGGCCCACAAGAAGAGGAGCGACCUAGAGAUUGAGCUCAUGAAAAGACAACAGAAACUAGAGCAGCUGGAGUUAGAGCAACAGAAAAUUGACGAGGAACAGGAGAACACCCCCGAGUUUGUGAAGAUGAAGAGCAACCUACGCAGGACCAAGCAGGAGACCGAUGGCGAGGAACGAACCACCUAAAAACCAGCAGGGGUGUCUGCGUCUGGCUGAUUGUGCGCGUGUUUGUGGGCACGGAGACAUCAGGAGUGUGUGUACAAAAGAGAGAGAGUGUGUGGUGGUGACCCAACCGUGGUCCGAGAUGAACUCCCUGGCUUUCCCAACCUAGCUGUUCCUUCCUGCAGUGAGGAGAGAGACUUUACAGACUAAAGACCCCCCCUCUGUCUGCCUGCCACGGACCACCAGUACUCGCCUCUGCUCCUCACACCAAUCCAGCAGCACACAGCACCCCCCACAGGAGGGACCUUACACGGACAUGUUACACGCCUUUCAACAAGGGGCAAGCAAGCUUCCAAUGAGCUUAGAGGGAGAAACAACCAAACACACACACACACAGGUUUUCAUACCCUCUGUUUUCACCCCUCUCUUCACAGCAAGCUGUUGUUUCUCUUUACUGUUAUCGAUGUUGUUAUCGUUGUUGUUUUUUGUUCUCAUCUUCAGAAUCAAAUAAGGAAAAGUGGACACUGGAUGGACUCUUGAAGCUGUGUAAUGUAAAAGCCAAACAAAUGUGCUUUUGUUAUUUAUGUAUGUAGCUUUUAGCCCAGGUAUAGGGGAGGACACUUUUAGUCGUCUGUAUUUUAGUUUGUUUUACAGCAUAGUUUAUGAAGCCAGAAGAGGACAAAGGGAGUGUAUGGUCGUGUGAAACAAGUUUGCUUUAUUAUUAUUAUUAUUUUAAAAUUUAAAAAACAUGCCAUUUCCUCAGCUAAUGCAAUUUUGAGCAAUAGUAGAACUCCCAGGCAUGAGAGUGACCUUUUCUUUAUAUAUUCUGUUGUUUUGUAUGAAUAAAAGUGUUACUUAAUAAAUAAUUUAAGUUUUUGUUAGGUUGGUCAAUAAGAAUAAGCCCUGAGCUCUGUCUGAUCAGUCUUUUUGUGUUGUCUGAGCAAAGGAUUUACUAGAAAGUGUUCACAUGGAGGCCACCUAAAUGAUAUAACUGAUUGGUAGUUCUUGGCAUAACUGCACAGCUCCUGAAACAACUCUGAUAAGCAUCCUGGAACUUUAUCGCUUCAGUAUUUUGUCUUUAUUUACAAUGGAGCCAUAGCUUGGCAUGGCCAGACUAAUUCGUAGAUGCCAGAGAAAAUAAAACAUUAGCUUGGCAGAUUCGGCUGCUUCCCAGGCCAAGUGCAGAUGUGCAGACAGAUAAUUUUAAUCUGCAAAACAAUAACUAGACUAACUCGAGUAUGUAAUCAUUGCCAUACACAAAUUCCAAAGUGGUUAUUCAAUGUAAGAAACUGUGAUAACACAUGUUGUGUUUUUUUUGUUUUGUUUUUUUUUUUGUUAAAUAUCACACGAUACUAUGGGUCUAAUAUUCUGGUUUGUGGGUCUCCAAGAGAUGAUGGCAGAUUAUUAAGACAUAACCUUGUGUUUUUCUCCAGAUUCUUCUUUUAAAUAAACAUAAUUUUAACACGUUC